UUAUUUUCACUUCAUAGCACCAUUCGCCGCCGUGGAUGGCGGCCGCCGCCACCUCAGACACUUUACCGGAGGCAUUCGACGACAUACUUCUGGUCAGUAGGUGUAGAGAUUGGAUUAUUACUUUUAAUUUUCAUUUUUAUGGGUGGCUGCUUUUUCGUCAGAAAUUCCCCAUUGUUUCUGAAGUUUGGAGUUUGCGGUACAUUGAGAUUCCGUAGAAGUUGCACAGGUGUAAACGAUAGCAGCAUCUUCCGCAAUUUGUACAGCCGCGUCUCUGCUGCGGAAGACUGUGAUUAUUCCAGCAGCUCAGAGAGUGAAAUUAGUGUUUUAGCGGUGAAAUCUGGUGAGUGUCGAAGCACUGGCCUGUUUUUCGCUGUUGUUAGAGUUCUCAAGACUUUGAAUGUGAGGAUUGCGAGAGAUGUUUGCUUUUCUGCGACACUGGAGAAGUAUGGUUUUGAUCAAUCGUUCUUAGCUUUUAAGCUGUUGAUGCAUAUAUAUGCGCGUGCUGAGAUGGAAAUGGAGGUUUAUGCAUUGCUUAGGAAGAUUGUGUAUUAUUGUCAAAAGUCUGAGCUGAAUUUGUUCGGUGUGUCACAUGCUUUAUUGUGCUGUGAUAGUGAUGAAGAAGGAUUGAAUUUUGUUUUAAAUGUGCUUGUGAAGUUCUUUGCUUUGAAUCUGUUGUUUGAGAAUGCGGUGGCUGCAGUGGCACAGGCUAGGAAGCUUGGCAUUCGGCCUAGCAUCCGAUCGUGCAAUUUAUUGCUAAAACAAUUAGGGGAAGCCAAUGAGAGGGAAUAUGUGAGGACUUUGUUCUGGGAAAUGAAGAAUUGUGGACCAUUUCCUGAUGUACACACCUAUGAAGUUAUGAUGAGUUUUUACUGCAGAGUGCCUCGUGGCACGGAUGGAGUAGAUAUUGAAGAAGCGAGUAGCAUUAUGAAGGAAAUGGAGAUAGUGGGUAUUAGCCCUUCCAUUGUAACAUAUGGUACGUUCGUUCUCGGGCUGUGUAGAGUUGGUGCUCUUGAGGUUGCUUGGAGCUAUAUCCGAGGGUUGAUAUGCAACGGUCAUCCAUGUGACUGUUACUGCUAUACUGUAGUUAUUCAUGGAUUUGUGAAAAUAGGUGAACUAGAUAAGGCCAUGCAGGUUUUUCAUGAAAUGAAGAGUUCUGGAAUUGCAGGAAAUGUAUAUAGCUAUAGUAUCCUGAUUGAGGGUUUCUGCAGAUACGGAAAUGUAGAGAGAGGUCUUAGCUUGCUCGAGGAAAUGACGAGAUGUAAUAUUAAACCGUCCAUUAUCACCUAUAGCUCAGUUUUAAAAGGACUCUCGAGGAAUGGCUUCAUGGAGAUUGCACUGAAUUUGUUCAAGAAGAUAGGGGCAUCUGGAUGUGAAUAUGACACUCGUGCUUACAACAUUUUGAUUGCGGGAUUUUCUGAGCAGGGUGAGAUGGAAUCUGCAAAUAGACUUAUAGAGGAUAUGAUGGAUAAUAAUUUGGCUCCUGAUUAUUUCAGUUAUGAGAGUAUGAUCCUAGGAUUUUGUAAAAUUGGUUCCUGCAAUAAGGCCUUGAACUUUCUUGAUAUCAUGGUAGAAGCUGGUUUCUUGCCCCAUCCUUACUUGUUCAAUCAUAUUGUACACGGAUACUGCAUUAAAGGACAGGUCGAGGAAGCCUUGGAGUUGAUUGAUAAAAUGACAAUCCUGGGCGUUUCUCCUAAUGUGUUUACCUAUUCUGCAGUUGUUAACAGGCUGUGCGAAGAGCACAAGUUGAGGAAGGUAUUAGAGGUUAUUCCUGUAAUGCUUAAAUCCAAUCAACCCCCUAACGAUGUAAUUUAUAGCAUCCUCAUUGACGGCCUUGCUAAGCAGGCGAGCCCGGGGAAGGCCUUAGUGUUGUAUACAAGCAUGUUGAAGGUUGGGAUUUGUCCUGAUGUGAUCACAUUAACCAUUCUGAUUAAUGUGUUAGGCUCUGCAGGAAGAGUGGGAGAGGCAUAUAAGUUAUUCAGAGAAAUGAACUCUGAGGGCAUAGAUCUCGAUAACUAUGUGUAUACCUCAAUGAUAGCUGCAUUUUGUCGGAAUGGAGAUAUGAUGAAGGCAUGGAAUCUGUUCCAGGAGAUGACGAGGGAGGGUGCCUCACCUUCUGUUGUUACAUACACAUGCCUAAUUGAUGGAUUUCUCAAGAUUAGACGCACGGAUAUAGCUGACAUGCUUAUAAAUGAAAUGAAUCAGAAGAAGAUCUGCCAUGAUUUGGUAUUCUACCGGGUCCUGCUCCGUGAGUGCCAAAAGCUUCGAAAUGUUGACAGAGCUCAGCAUCUGUUCGUUGAAAUGAAAAAUAGGGGAAUAAUAACAGAUGAAAUACCUUUAGCACACGAGGACGCUAAAUAGGAGCAUGCUUGAUUCUAUUGUGUCGUAACGUGACUGCUACCUGUGGUUUUCACACUGCAAAAUCAAUUUGCUUACUGAGCUCGGCAGUGCUGAAUAUAUGUUAUUGGCGUCACCGACUUUCACUGGUUUGUUCUGCUCUGCUGACAAUUUGAGCUCAGUGGACACAAGGAGAGUGAUCAAGAGCUCCAAAUGAAGUGAAGUGUCGCCUAAACCUGCAGAUAUCACUGCACUCACUAUGCAAUAUGGUCUCUGAUAGAAUACAGAGACAAAGUAGAUUAUCACGGGAUGAGCUCUCUUCCAUAUUAUAUGGUCAAGCAUGGGGAAGAAAUUCUCUCUGGAAAUCGAUGAGGAAACUGAUUUCUCAAGGAACGUGAUAAUGGCUCAAAAUAUGCUUUCUAUUGCUGUUUUAACGAAGAGUGGCUUCGAUCUUUGCAGCCUUGCAACAGUGCUGCUUGGAUAUACUAUGGCGAAACGUUACAUCACUGCUGCUUGGAAGAAUUUACAUUUAAAGCUAGAUUCUUGAGAUGCAUCUCCUCCAACGUAAGAUUCCGGAGUUUAGUCGUCUCAUUUGUUCUAAGCCUCGUCUUUUGGCCGUGCCCACAAAAUUGCUACAUUCGGGAAGGGUUGGUUUUCUGCUAAGUGAACAUCAUAUGUUCGAUUAUUUAGUUAAUCAAGUAAGAGGUGUCAUAGGUUGGGUAAUUUGACAUCGUUUUUUCUUAGGUCACGAAAUAGGCAUUUAUUGGGGAUAGAACUUUUGUGUAAAACGACUCUUAUUGGGGGACGGAGGAGUUAUAUACGUUGCACCUCUGUAAUUAUAUGUAAAUUGAUGAAGUUUGUUGGGUUUCAAUACAUCUUAAUUUUUUGUGCUGAAAA